AUGGGUAAUAAGCAAUCCACGAUACAAAACGUUUAUGAAGCUGCUCGUGAUGGUUCUUCUGAUCUAACUAAUCUUUUAAAGCGGCUCAACACUGAAGAAAGGAAAACUGCGCUCGAUUCCAAGACCAAAGAUGGCGACGAGAAUGCAACUCCUCUCAUAAUUGCUUCUCGUAAUGGAAACCUAGACUCUGUAAAGAUUCUUUUGAGUUUCAAAGCAGAUAUCGAAGCACGAGGAACUGUGAAAGCCAACACUGACGAAGUUUUCGAAGGUUGCUCUCCUUUGUGGGCCGCUGCUGCUACUGGUCAUCUAGAUGUUGUGAAACUGUUAAUCGAUCACAAUGCAGACGUUAAUGGCAGAAAUGCAACGAAUUCGACUCCUUUGCGGGCUGCUGCGUACGAUGGACGUCUUGAUAUUGUGAGUUGUUUAGCCAAGAACGGAGCUGAUGUAAAUGCAAGAGAUGAAUUUGAGAGUACUCCUUUGAUGAUAACAUGUUACAAUGGUCACAUGGAUGUUGCUUCCUAUCUAAUCGAACAUGGCGCAAAUCACCAUUUGCAAGACAAGGCUGGAGACACGUGUCUUCACUAUGCUGCAGAGAAAGGUCGCACCGAAGUUGUCGGUAGGCUUCUUUCUCUUGGAGUAGAAGAGAGGCAAAAUAAGAAACGUUUGACCCCACUACUAGCAGCCAGUAAUGAAAGCAAAUAUGAAAUGGUCGAGUAUUACAUCAAUCGACCCGAAUGUACCAAGGAACAAAAAAUUAACGCUCUCGAACUUCUUGGUUCCUCUAUUGCAAAUGAUCCUGAUUCUUAUGACGUCAAAGAAGCAUUCAGUUGUAUGAGGCGUGCAAUGGAAGAGAGAUAUCAGGACCCGUCAUGUCCAUUGCUUAAAAAGAACAUAAAACCUGUGGAAGAUUAUGAAAAUAGAACAGAGAGUCAAACUCUUGAGGAACUUUCCCUGUUAAAAGAUGAUAAUCAUGCUAUCCGCAUGGAGGGACUCAUGAUCAAGGAGAGAGUCCUUGGAAUUGAAUCUGCAGCACUUCUGGACGAUAUCAGAUCUUAUGGGAUUGUUCUGGCUGACUCUGAGCAUUACAAACCUUGUAUUGGUCUAUGUAAACGAGCGAUGGAAAUAGCCAUGAACUGUGGUGAACCUAUUACGCACGAUCUUCAAAUGUUAUCAUGGCUAUUUAUAGUAACGGAACUUCGUUGCUCAAAUGGAAAACACAUUGUGGCAGCAUUCGAAAAACUGACAGAAAAACUAGAGGCUGGGAAAUUGCAAGAGGGGCAAGAAGAUGAGGAAAAAGAAAAAAUGCUUUACUGUUUUCUAAAUCUUCUGAUGAUUUGCGCCAAAUUUGAAGUUUUAGAGGAUAAUGAAGAUGAAAUAAUCGACUAUGUUCAAAGAAUUCUGCGUUUAGACAUUCGUAACCGCGAUGGAAAUACAUUACUGCAUCUAGCCGCAGCAUUUGAUACAAAAACUGUGGGAAUCGUGUACAAGUCUCCCUGCAUUAAAACCGCGAAGCUACUUUUACAUGCAGGGUGCAAUGUGAAUGCCGUAAACUUUGAAGGAGAAACUCCUCUUCAUUUGGCUGUGACUUUUAUGCCAGGGGGUGAACAGAUAGAGACUAUGAAAGAAAUUAUGGAGAUAUUGCUCGAUAUCGGUGCAGAUACAAAGCUCGUAAACAGCAAGGGUCAAACACCACUGGAGUGCUGCGAGAGUGACGUGGCUCGAAGGAUCCUGUCAGAGAGAAGAGCAGUGGGUGCUAUGAACGUCGUUACCAGAGAUGUAAGAAAGUUUUAAGUUCUGAGAAUUGUUUUGUCCACAAAAUGAUGAUAACAUUUAAUUAAAUUCUACUUUUUAUCCUUCUCCUUAUAUCAAAGAGUACUUUUGUCCAUGGGAAGAUCUAUCAACUCUAAAAACUUAAUCCAAAAAAUUCAUUUUGUACAGUAAACAUGACAAAAUUUGAAUUUGCAUGUAUAACUUUUCUAUUCAAAGAAGCUCAGUACAUUAAGGUAAAUUAACUGCAAAUUGGAAUAAUGGUAAUAAUGAUGAUGAUUAGGAUAAUAAUAAUAAUAUCCGUGCUGUUGACUUUUUUUCGGUCUUUAUCGUUCGAUUUUAUUCCUGCACUUUGAGGAGUCAUCACUAGAUAACUACCGGUGUGUCUUACGUUUAUGCCUCCAGGCGUCUUUGUUUGGUGCAAUUUAGCUAUACAGAUGAUGGAAUUUCAAAUGUUAUUUAAAUUAUUGACUUUUAAACUUGGAUGCAUGUGCAUUAUUAGCAUCUGAUAUGUAUUAUCAGCACGAUGAAUAAAAGAAACUGUUACAGUUAUUAUUGGUACUAUCAAUAUCAUUAUUAAUACUUAUAGUGAUUCUUAUCAUCAAAUUAUCUUUUGUUCCCACCAAGGAUAUAAAAACUGGUAGCGAAACUGUUGUGAGUAGAGCAGUUGUUGUUCCUAUAGCAACCGAAAUAGAAGAAUUUAAUUUUGAGGAGAAGUCUCAGAAAGAGAAAUCAGGUGAGUUCAUUUUCAUUUAG